AUGACGGACGAUCGACCCCGCGGCGAAGCUGCCGCCUACUUCAAUGCGCAGCAAGCGCCUAAUCCAGCUGGACAGCCCCAAUAUGGACAACAACCUCAGUAUGCCCCGCCGCCUCAGUAUGGGCAGCCCGGUCCUCAGGGGCCGACUCCGGGUCCGGAUCCGAACUACACAAAUGGCUAUGGUAACGAGAAGCCCAUGUUUGAACAGACCUUUAAACUUGAGAGUCCUAAAUACAACGAUAUCUGGGCUGGAAUUCUUUUCCUGGCUGUCUGCGCGGGCUUCGUAGCGGUUUCAGGCAUUUCUAUCAAUGGCUAUGCUUCAUCGAAAAGUUUCCAGGGAGGUGGAAUUUACGAUUCUGGAUCAAAAGUCGGCCUCAACACGAAUACCCUCAUUCUAUUUGCCUUCUGUCUUUGUGUCGCAAUUGUGUUCAGUUAUGUUUACGUACUUUUGGCUCGCCAAUUUCCCAAACAAUUCAUAUGGAUAACUGGUAUUCUCAAUAUUGUCUUUGGUCUGGUUACGGCAAUAUAUAUGUUAACGCGACACUAUUACUCUGGCGGUAUCGUAUUUUUGAUCUUCGUUGCCUUCCUAAUAUUUGCGUUCAUUACUUGGAUCCCGCGAAUCCCUUUUAGCGCCCUCAUGCUCAAAACAGCUGUCGAUGUCUCAAAGAGUUAUGGCCAUGUUUACCUCGUUAGCGCACUUGGUGGCCUAUGCGCGACAGCUCUCGCUGCAUGGUACUCUGUCACCCUCGUAGCGGUAUAUGCGAAAUACUCCCCGGGGCAAAAUCCGGCUUGCGCUGAGGGGGCUGGCGGCUGCAGCAAUGCUAAAGUUAAGGGACUAAUCGUUUUCAUCACUUUCGCCAUGUAUUGGAUAUCGGAAUGGUUGAAAAAUACUAUCCACACAACAAUUUCUGGAGUUUACGGAUCCUGGUAUUUCCACCCACAGAACCUCCCUAGGGGUGCCACCCGAGGCAGUCUCCGAAGAGCACUUACAUAUAGCUUUGGUUCCAUUUCUCUUGGUUCGCUAGUGGUGGCUAUUAUCAACUUUCUAAGACAACUAUGUUCAGUUGCUCAGCGGAAUGAAGCUGCCGAAGGUAACAUAGUGGGCAUGGUUAUGUUCUGGAUCCUGGGAUGCAUUAUUGGGCUCCUAGACUGGGCAGUACAAUUUCUCAAUCGCUACGCCUUCUCCUAUAUCGCAUUGUAUGGAAAACCCUACUUCGCUGCCGCGAAGGACACAUGGACUAUGAUCAAAGAUCGUGGUAUCGAUGCGCUUGUCAACGAAUGUCUCAUCGGUCCGGUCCUCUCCAUGGGAGCUACCUUUGUUGGUUAUGCGACAAGUUUACUUGCGUAUUUGUAUCUUGUAUUUACCAAGCCAUCGUAUAACUCUGACGGCUCUUAUACCGCUGUUGUAGUGGCGUUCGCGUUCCUCAUCGGCUUGCAGAUCUGCAACAUCUUCACCACACCGAUAAGCAGCGGCAUCGAUACGAUAUUUGUAGCAUCGGCAUGGGAUCCGGAGGCCUUGAUGCGGAACCAUCCCGACUUGUAUGGAGAGAUGGUUCGAGUCUACCCGCAGGUCCAGGUAGCUAUCCAUACCUAA